GGAGAGGGAGAGUGUGGACCUGCCGGCUCAAACCUGUCGUCUUGUGCUCAAACUUUUUAAACCGUCGUUUUCUUUUGGAUCUUUCUUUCUGACACUUCCUGGAGGAGGGAAAUCACUCUUAUCUUUUCUCACCCAGGGGGGAGCUUUUCCUCUCAUUUAACGGAAGCUUUUCAUUUCCUGGGACAGAGAGUGUAUUCACAGUUGAAGCCCUGCGCUGUCGUGUAUGCAUGGAGGCUGACUGGUGGAGGCUUCCUGUCCUGUUCUGCUGAGGUCACUCAGCCGUCAUUUCCAACCAGCGUGGUCUUCUGCAGGCCUGAAGGAGGGCAAAAAGGCCCGCCAUCCGACGAGCCUGGAACUGCAUGGACAAGAAGGAAAAAAAUAAACAAAGGCUUUAAAAAGAGGCGCCCUACAUGAAUUCCCUUAAAUCCUGAAAGGCAAAUACUGCAAGUUGGACUGGCGGUCCCGAGGGAAGGCAUGUGGACAAUGAGUAUGGCUUGGCUCCAUCUCCCGGCCUACGUUAUCCUGCUCGUCUGCUGCCUUCAUACAGCACUCACGGAGAACGAUGUCACUCCACGCCUCUCAUUCCCCUACAAUGCAAAGGAGAGGACCACCAGAAGUUUCUCAGUCAGCGGGGUCUUGAACUAUACUUCCCUCCUCCUCAGUAAAGAAGACAACAUGCUUUACAUUGGCGCUCGGGAGAUUCUCUUUGCUCUCAACCUGAGCGACAUCAGUGCAGUCAAGCUACAAAGAAAUCUCACGUGGGAAACUCCAAAGAUGAAGAGAGACGAGUGCAGUUUCAAAGGCAAAGACCUGCAGACGGACUGCUUCAAUUACAUAAAGAUUUUACUGCCGCUGAACAGCACUCAUCUGUAUGUUUGUGGAACAUACGCCUUCAGCCCCACCUGUGCUUACAUAAACACUGCCGACUUCUCCCUCGUCAAGAGCGACUCCGGCGAGAUUGUAACAGAGGACGGACGAAGCCGCUGCCCGUUCAACCCCGAGUAUAAGUCGACCGCCAUCAUGGCUGAUGGAGAGCUGUAUGCUGGCACAGUCAGUAAUUUCCAAGGAAAUGAACCAAUCAUCUACAAGAGUCUCAGCCAAGGGACUGCUCUUAAAACAGAAAACUCACUCAACUGGCUCCAAGACCCGGCCUUUGUCGGCUCUGCCUACAUACAGGAGAGCCUGCCCAAGGGCAACCUCGUGGGCGACGACGAUAAGAUUUACUUCUUCUUCAGUGAAGCAGGAAAGGAGUUUGAUUUCUUCGACAACACCAUUGUGUCACGCAUUGCUCGCGUGUGUAAGGGCGACGUCGGAGGAGAGAGGGUUCUGCAGAAGAAAUUUACGACCUUCCUAAAGGCUCAACUCUUGUGCUCUCUGCCUGACGAUGGCUUCCCUUUUAACAUAAUCCAGGACAUGUUCGUGCUGACACCCAGCCCAGAGGGGUGGGAACACACCGUGUUUUAUGGAGUCUUCACGUCUCAGUGGUAUAAAGGUGCUUCAGGAAGCUCUGCAGUUUGUUCCUUUACUAUGGAUCAGGUGGAAAAAGCAUUCAGUGGGCGAUACCGUGAGGUCAACAGGGAGACUCAACAGUGGUAUACGUACAACCACCCGGUGCCAGAGCCUCGACCUGGAGUGUGCAUCACAAAUGCCCUGAGGGAACAGGGCAUCUCGUCCUCGCUGCACAUGCCCGACAAGGUGCUGAACUUUGUCAAAGACCACUUCCUGAUGGACAGCGUCAUCCGCAGCCAGCCUCUCCUGCUGAAACGUAAUGUCCGAUACACGCAGAUAGCCGUCCAUCGAGUCAAGGCUGCAAAGAAGGCAUACCACGUGCUCUUCAUCGGCACAGACGAUGGCAGGAUUCAUAAAGCGAUUAACGUGAAGAACAAGAUGCACAUCAUCGAGGAGAUGGUUCUCUUCAGCAAUUCCCAACCGGUGCAGCACAUCGAGCUGGACACUGAAAAGGGCCGGCUUUAUGUUUCCUCUUUCUCUGAGCUGGUUGAUGUCCCAGUAGCUAACUGCACAAACUAUCAGAGCUGCGGGGAAUGCGUCCUCUCCAGGGAUCCGUACUGUGCCUGGAAUGGGAGGCAGUGUGUGGAUGUCAGACAGGCCGCUCCUAGCAAUGCCUGGCAGCAGGAUGUUGACGAGGCAGACACAUCGGCUAUUUGCAACAAGACAGUGCCAAGCCCACGGUUUGCUAAACCUCCACCUACACGACCAUCUUCAUGCCAGGUGAUUAUUAUCCCGGCCAACACGUUCAAAGUGCUGCCUUGCAAGCUGCGCUCUAAUCUGGCCGAGAGGAAGUGGCAGUUCAGUGAGAGCGCAGGUCACUUCCACUACCCCAGCCCAGAGGGGGGGCUGGUCGUCGUGGCUCAGGCUGACAGGCAAGAGAGCUACGAGUGCUGGUCAGUGGAGGAAGGCUUCAAGCAGCUGCUGGCAAACUACUGCGUGAGGGGCGAGGCCAAGCAGGAGAGCACCACCCUGACGGGCCGCUCGCACGCGCCGCACGUCUCCCAGGAGGAGUUCUUCAUCCUGCCGGGGAAGGCGCGCUCGCCGCAGAUCAACACAAAGACCUACUGGAACGAGCUGAUAGUGGUGUGCGCCCUCUUGGCGUUCUCCCUGCUCGUCUUCUCGCUGUUCGUGGUCUACAGGCACCGCGACCACAUGAAGUCCAUACUCAAGGAGGGAGAGUGCCCGAACAUGCAGCAGAAGAAGCCCAGGAUAGUCGUGGGGAAACCCGCCGAGAACUUGCCGCUGAACGGCAGCGCGGUCACAACGUCCGCCUCGGACCACAAAGGGUACCAGACCCUUAACGACAACUACAUCUGUAGCACGCCGCCGCAUGAGUGCUCGUCGCCUGAGAACAGCAAGAGCUUCUCGGAAUCGGAGAAGAGGCCUCUGAACUUGAAAGAGAGCCGCGUGGAGAUCUCUCCCACGUGCCCGCGGCCACGAGUCAGACUGGGCUCUGAGAUUAAAGACUCGAUAGUUUGAGACAUGACUUCAUGUAAUGUGGAGCGACGCAUUUUCAAAACUGAAAGGAAAGGGUGCACUUGAUGAGAAAGACACAAAAAAUGAGGGGACCCUGAGGAGCACCCUGAGGAGCACCAGGCUCUUUGUGGAGAGAUAUUUCAUUACACAGAUUUUGCACUUUUUUUUUUUGUUCUAUCCCCGUGGUCCAUGUACAUUUCUUAUUGUCCUCUCACUCCCUCUUACUGAGUGCAUUCGAAAGCGCACUGAAGAAGUUCCAGUUUGCCUCCAGACUUUUUUUUUUCCACACAGCUCACAGGAAUGUAUCAAGCGUAGGGUUGUAGGUGGCCUGACCAUGAUUCAGUGAUGGGAUUUCACAGCAUUUGCCAACCAGUCCGUCCAUCAAUUAAAAUCUACUGGCAGUUGCUUUGAAAGCCCAGAGUGAGAUUCAAGCUUGUUUCUAACUAACAGCUGAUGCAGUGUUUGCCGUGUUAUUCCCCUUCUAUCAUAUGGUAAGAGCCCUACCCUAUCGCUGAGGCUAUGCACUAUGUACUUGUUCUGUAGCAAAGUAAACACUCACACCAAAAUAUACAAAACAAUCCAGUGGCAGGAAGGACGGGGAGGAAAAAAAAUGUCAUGACAUAGAUUUUUAGAGAGCCUGUGUGUAUUCACAGAUAUACUUAUUGUUAAAUAUAACACUUCAACGAGAAAUAAUACAGAGCAAAAGAGCAUUAGGUAAAAACACACAUAUAAGUAAUCACCUCAGAGGACAUGUUGUAGAAACUCUUACCACUUUAAUCACUACACACACCAAAAAAAAACCUAUGUAGGUAGAUAUGAAAACAGUUUUCUUUUUUUUUUUUUAGUAUUGGUAUUAUGAGCUGGUAGAAGACUCGACUUUCUGCAAGGUUUUUUUUUGUUAUAAAUGUUAUAAAGGAAAAAAAUCUCAUUCCAGGUAUUAUCUUGAGAUAGGCAGUCUAUGCAAAGCAAACAAUGUGAAGUGGAGGCAAACACCAUGACAUCCUCUCCUCGAGACUGAGUUAGCUUACACACACACACACACACACACACACACACACACACACACACACACACACACACACACACACACACACACACACACACACACACACACACACACACACACACACACACACACACACACACACACACACACUAACUCUAAGUAUGCAAGAGGCUCUAGCCAUUUCCUGGUGUUCUAGGGAGAACGACACAAGACAUUUUUCAUUGCAACAUUUUCAGACGAAGUAUAAUCAACAUUUGAAUACUGCACCUACUCAUUAUUUGACAUAAAUAGCCUAACAAACAUCUAUAUAGCAUCAACUUGGAAAAACACAUGAACUGGUGAGAGCUAAGUAUGGCAGAAAUGCCCUCUGCUUACUUAAAUGAUCUUAAAGGUAACUGUAAAAGGCAAUAAUAAUCACUGUCAUCCCCAUUAUUAAACAUCAUCUUGAUUAACCAUCUCAUGUUCCAGAAAUAAUAAAACCAUCAAAUCCAAGCGAUUCAUGAGUCAGAUGUUAAGAGUAACUUUAAAGCAUUUUGUCAUUACUAUGGAAGUCUUAUUUCAGUUUGGCUGUGCAGCCUUCAAAAUUCAAAUCUCACAAAACAAAAAGCAGGAAGGAGUACUUGCUUUGACUCAGAAUGCAUUCGAUUUGCACAUGAUGCUGAAAAGCCUUAGUAUAAUGCAGGUUCUGGGUUUGAUAACAAAUCUGCCUUGAGGUAAAUGAAUAAUGCCUUCUGAAAUAAUAAUAAUAAUCAAGAGAUUUGCCUCUUGGGAUUGUUAAACCCACCAGGUAGUCGUGCUGUGGAGUCGAACACUACACUUCAGGUGUGACAGGAGGACCGCUCGCGCUCAGACACGAGAGUGAAAACGUGGAACCCACGUCGUUGAAUACUGUCAAGAUUGUACUGUAUGGCUUCAUGAGGGGGUUUUAUUUGAUCUUUUGUUAUGGUGGCUUCAACAUCUGUCAGGGAUGAGAUUUUAAAAAAUGUAGCACAUAAAUAACCACUGGUGGAUGUUUUUUUUAAAUAUUGGAUUAAAGAUAAGCAUAAGUAUUACAUUACAUUUCUUUUAAUGGCACUGCAAAAAUGACUUCUGUGUGAAUUUCAAAGACUGGCCACUUAUAAUCAACGCCAGGGUCAAGAAACACUCAUGCUCUGACUGUUAUUAAAAAAAAACAAAUGGCAGCUUUUUGUGAAGUGGCGCUCAUCGGAACAAUUACUCAAUUGACACGCAGAACAAAAUAUUUAGUGGCAUUGAUUUUUGAGUGAAAUACGCGCAGGUAUUGAACAUGCUUUUAUUUGAAUACAAGCCUAAAAAAAAAAAUAACGCCCACCAUGAAAGUAUUGUCGUCUGCUCUCUCUUAAUAAAAACCACUGUAGUCUGGCCUUCUAUUUGUGACAGUACAAGUUGCUCAGACUUCUUAUCAACAUGUAUUGUAAGUAAAAAAAGAGUUUUUAUGUAAAAAAAAAAAAAAAAAUGUUUUGUAAAUUCAGCUGCCAAAAUAUUGUGAAUUGUAUUUUUUUUGUAUCAUACAUCACUACUGUUUUUUCCUCUUUUUUUUGUAUUGUAUAUAAAAAGCACUUUAUUUUAAUUUUUCAAAUAAAGAUCAAAUGGAUAAUUUUCUA